CAUCUCCCCAUCCCGCCUAUAAAGUCACGGGCAGCUCACCAACCAGGUUUUUCUUGAUUCUCUCACCGCUUGACACCCGCCACCAUGUCUGGAACCGCCGCCCCAUUCCCCAUCGAUCUUAAGCAGUACAAGAAGAUCAAGCUCGACCCCACGAACCCGAAGCUCACCGAUGAGCAAAAGCAGACGCUGACGGCGAACAUCAACCUUUUGCGCGAUGCGAUCGUACUUUUUACCGCCACGGGCGCGGCGCGCGGUGUGAGCGGGCACACUGGCGGCGCAUUUGAUACCGUGCCCGAGGUCUGCCUGAUCCUCUCGCUCUUCGACGCUGCGCCGGAGAAGUUCGUCCCGAUCGUCUUCGAUGAGGCUGGUCACCGCGUUGCCACGCAAUACCUCCUCGCCGCCCUUGAGGGCUCCCUCCCUGCUGAGCACCUUCUUCACUACCGUGAAGCGAACUCGAAGCUCCCUGGUCACCCUGAGCUCGGCUUGACCCCGGGUGUCAAGUUCUCGUCAGGCCGCUUGGGACACGUCUGGCCGCUGGUCAACGGUGUCGCCCUUGCCAACAAGGACAAGACUGUCUUCUGCUUGGGCUCCGAUGGCUCCCAGCAGGAGGGUGAUGACGCUGAGGCUGCUCGUCUGGCAGUCGCUCAGGGCCUGAACGUCAAGCUUCUCAUUGACGAUAACGACGUGACCAUCGCUGGUCAUCCGUCCGAGUACAUGAAGGGCUACGAGCUCCAGAAGACGCUCGAGGGUCACGGCCUCAAGGUCGUAACUGUCCAAGGCGAGGAUCUCGACUCCCUCUGGGGCGGUGUCCACGAAAUUCUGAAUUACGACGGUCCCGCCGCGGUCGUCUCGAAGCGUCUCAUGGCGCCGGGUGUCGACGAUAUCGAGGGCACCCCGCACGGCCACGACGUCAUUCCGGUCAAGGCCGCGCUCAACUAUUUGAAGAAGCGCGGCCACCCGGAUUACAGCAACAUCUUGCUGGAGAUCAAGCCCAACGCGAACCCGUACCUGUUUGUUGGCUCAACGAAGGAGUCCGCGGCUAACCGCGCUAUCUUCGGUGAGGCGGUCAACAAGGUUCUUGAUACUCUCAGCAAGGAGGAAGCUGCGAAGAAGGUCCUUGUUAUAGACAGUGACCUUGAGGGGUCGACCGGUCUCAAGGCGAUUCACCAGAAGCACCCCGAGGUCUUCGUCCCCUCUGGCAUUAUGGAGCGCGGCAACUUCUCUGCCGCCGCUGGGUUCGGCUUCGACCAUGACAAGUUCGGCGUCUUCUCCACCUUCGCCGCCUUCCUCGAGAUGUGCAUCUCCGAGAUCACCAUGGCGCGCCUCAACAACUGCAACGUCCUCUGCCACUUCUCGCACUCGGGCAUCGACGAGAUGGCGGACAACACGUGCCACUUUGGCGUGAACAACCUGUUUGCGGACAACGGGCUCGCGGACGCGAACUCGUGGCUGUACUUCCCGGCGGACGCGGCGCAGAUGAUCGCGUGCGUGAAGCGCGUGUUCUUCGAGCGCGGCGUGCGGUUCAUCUUCUCGACGCGGUCGAAGGUUCCGUACCUGCUCAAGGAGGACGGUUCGCGCAUGUUCGGCGACGACUACGAGUUUAUCCCGGGCAAGGACGAGUUCAUGGCGACGGGCACCGCCGGCUACGUCGUCACCUACGGCGAGAUGACCUACCGCGCCUGGGACGCCGUCCUCCGCCUCCGCCAGGAGGGCCUCGACGUCGGCCUCGUCAUCAAGUCCACGCUGAACAUCAUCGACGAGCAGGCGCUCACGACCGUCGGCAAGACGCCCUUCGUCCUCGUCGUCGAGUCCGCGAACCAGAAGACGGGCCUCGGGUCCAAGUUCGGCACCUGGCUCCUCGAGCGCGGCCUCACGCCCAAGUACGGCUACAUGGGCACGACGAAGGAGGGCAGCGGCGGCCUGUGGGAGCAGGUGUACCACCAGGGGCUCGACCCGCAGUCGAUCAUUCAAAAGAUCAAGGAGCUCAACCAGGGUCUGUCGCUCAACCAGGGCGGCACGCACACGCAUCACUAAGCGGUGAUACUUGAGCACUGUGAAAAGGGAAAAGGUCAAUUUGUACACUAUUCUAGCCUGUAACAACUACAUAGAAGGAUAUCUUGGUUGUUGUCA